AUGCAAGCAGAUAAAACGAAAAAGGGUAAAAACUUUAAGAUUCGCUAUUCUUCAAAAUGUAAAAGUAACAAAACAUGGAAGGACAAUAUAAGGAAUAGAAAAAAAGAGAACUCAAAAAAGUAUGAAAAAAAUAAUUUAAUGCAUGAUAGGAAUAUACAUAAACAUAUAUAUAUUGAUUAUUUAGAAUUAAGUAAAAAAUAUACAUUUUUAAAAAUAUUUUUACAUAAAAAUGAAAAGUCCACAAAUGUAUACUAUAACUUUGAACAAUCAAUUGCAGUAUAUUUUUUGAGUAAAUCUAUAUUAAAAGAAUAUUAUGAUCUAAAUUUUUAUAUGCCUUAUAUUAAAAAUGAUGAAAUUCAAAAUAACAUUAUUUUGGGUAAUAAUAGUUUUAAUACUAAUGAAUUUAUUUAUAGUAUAAAUGAAUUGAAAGAUAUAAAUUCUUUGAAAAAUAUCAUAUUAUUGUCAUAUAAAAAUUAUGAUGCGUAUUUAUUAAAUUUAAAAAAUGAUAGUAAUACAAAUUUGUCUUGUCGUCAAUAUGAUGAUUAUACCAUAACAUAUAAUAAUAACAUUAAUGAACAAAGAAAUGAUAUAUAUUGUAAAAAUACUUUUGAAUGUAAUAAAAAAAAUGAAAACAUUAUAUUACAAAAUGAUCAAGGGGGGAAAUUUCUCUGUCCAUGUGUUCCUGGGAGGGUAAAUUAUAUACACAUUUUAGCUGAUCUCACAGACAUGAACGAAUUAAACAACUUAAAGAAUAAUUUAAAUAGUAUAAAAAAUAAUGAUAAAUAUAUACCUGUUACAAAUAUAAAUGUAAAUAUAAAUAUAAAUAAUACGAAUAAAGUACAAAACAAUAUGUUCUUAUUAUAUGGUAAUAUAAUUAAAGUAUUAGAUAUAGGUGUAGGAGCUAAUUGUAUAUAUCCUCUUUUAGGGAAUAAUAUAUAUAAGUGGUCUUUUUUAGGUACUGAUAUAAAUAUCGAUUCUUUAAAAUAUAGUUUUAUAAAUAUUUUAAUAAAUAACAAAGAAAAUGAUAUUCAACUAAAAUAUCAAACAAAUAAAAGAAAUAUUUUUCAAAACAUUAUUAAUAAUUCGGAUUUGUUUUUUUUCUCCAUGUGCAAUCCACCAUAUUAUACCUUUAUUGAAGAGGUAAAUAAAAAUCCAUAUAGAAUGUUAGAAGCCAAUGUUGAUGAAGUGGUAUAUUAUUUGGGAGACCAAAAGGGGAUAAACAUAGAUAAUAAUAAUAAUGAUAAGGAAAAUAAUAAUAAUAAUAAGAAGAAAAAUAAUAAGAAGAAUAAGAAAAAUAGUAAUGAUCAUAAUAACCAUGUGGAUAAUAUGCAUGGAACUAAUAUAUUUAUAGAUAAUAUCCAUACGGAUGAUAUACAAACGCAUAAUAUAAAUUUAGAUAGAACUAUUUCGAGUGAAUUAGGGCCGAUAAAUACGGAAAACCAAAAAGAACAGAAAGUAGAAAGGGAAGAAGAAAAUAAUAUUACAAAGAUCAAAAUGGAAAAUUCUAAUCAUUGUUGUAAUAAUAAAAAUAUGAGCAAUCAAAUAAAUGAUGGUAAUAUAACAUCUUUUAAAAUAUCUAUAAACGAAGAAGAAGAAGAAGAAGAAGAAGAACAUAAUCUUAAUAAUACACCUUAUAUCAAUUCAACCCCAAAUUACAAUAAUAAUGGAGGAGAAUAUAAAUUUAUCAUGAAUAUGCUUGAGGAAAGUAUAUCUUAUUUUUUUAAUGUUAUAUGGUUUACGACAUUAGUAUCCAAGUUUAAAAAUGUUAAAUUAAUAAAAAAGGAAAUUAUCAAUUCAAUGAGAUUAUAUCAUGAAUACAAAAAAAAUCAAAUAUAUUUCCUUAAUUGUAUAAUAAAAGAAAAUCUAUAUUUUAAUCAAACUUUUGUUUUUAAAAAUAUACAAAAAAAAAUUCCACCUGUAUAUAUAGCGCAAUAUAGAAUAUUUGAAUCAUAUAGUGGAAAUAUAACGAGGUGGAUAAUAUGUUGGUCAUAUUAUAACCCUGAACAAAUAGAUGCUUUGAAGAAAUUAUAUUAUGAGAAAGCAAAAUGA